AUGAGUUCUCUCGCGGAAAUUCUUUGUUUGGCCGAAGCUGCAGGUGAACUUGAUGAACCAUUUCCAUCUAAACGUAGAAGAUACUGGGUCCAUCCACUUAACAGUAGUCGAGAGAGUGAUAUGCGAUUUACAACCUUUUUCAAUGAAUUCAAAAAAUACCCAGAAAAAUUUUUUGAUUAUUAUCGUAUGUCAAUUUUGUCAUUUGAAGAGCUAUUAGAAAAAGUGAGGCCAAAAAUUACUAAAGAGAUUACCCAUUUACGUAACCCAAUAACUGCUGAAGAAAGAUUGACAGUCACAUUAAGGUAUCACUAUCAUUAUGCAUGCUUAUCAACAAAGUUCAAAACAAAUUUUAAAAUACAUAUCGAGUGUUUUAGUUUAUUUUGA